AUGCAGGAAACUCAGAGCGCGGCGACUCUCGCAAAUGGUCCAGGGGCGGCCACCGCAAGUCGAUUCCCAGGCCAUGCCUCAAAACCUUCGAACAGCGAUACGGGCUUUUCCCAUGGGGCAUACUCUUCAAACCAAUUUUCGAUGGGUGGAUAUGGCGAUAGACAUCCGCGAAGAGCGAACAUUCCUUCGAUCAACACGCAGCCGAUGGGUCAACAAGCAGCUGACAUGGCAACACCAGGAACUGGGUUUGAUAUGCAAUUUACCCCCUUGCUGCCAUCUCAGCUGUUGCUCGGCUCUCCUUUUCAACCCGGUACACCUGCGGCAUUUGCUAGCCCACAGUUCCAGAACUAUGCCAACUUCCAGCAGCAGCAACACAAUCAGCAACAACAACAGCAGCAACAACAGCAGCAACAACAGCAGCAACAAGGCGGCAUGAACAGUCCGGUUCAGCAGAUGUCCCCUCAGCUCUACCAGAGUUUGGUCUCCCCGUCUACAUAUGGCGCGCCUCAAUUCUAUAACCCACAAUCACCGACUGCUGGCUCCUUUUCCGCCAUGACCAAUCAGAUGGGCCAGAUGCAAAUCCAGCCAUCUUCGCCAGUGCACAUGUCACCAGGUCUGGUUUCUGGUACCAGCAGAACCGUAUAUCUCGGCAACAUCCCGCCUGAGACAUCCGCGGAGGAGAUUUUGGGCCAUGUCAGGAGUGGGCAAAUUGAGUCUGUUCGUCUUCUGCCUGAUAAGAACUGUGCAUUUAUUUCUUUCUUGGACGGAAGCUCUGCAACGCAUUUCCAUUCAGAUGCUAUUUUGAAAAAACUUUCCAUCCGAGGACAAGACAUCAAAGUUGGAUGGGGAAAGCCUUCCCAGGUUCCUACUUCGGUUGCCCUCGCAGUCCAGCAAUCAGGAGCUUCCCGUAAUGUUUACUUGGGGAACCUGGAGGAGAACGUCACGGAAGACGAAUUACGUGACGACCUGAGCAAAUUUGGUCCUAUUGACACCGUCAAGAUUGUUCGUGAGAAAGCCAUCGGUUUUGUGCAUUUCCUUUCCAUCGGCAACGCCAUUAAAGCUGUCUCUCAGCUACCCCAGGAGCCAAAGUGGCAAUCCCCUCGCCGUGUCUAUUACGGCAAGGAUCGAUGCGCCUAUGUUUCAAAGACUCAACAGCAGAACGCCGCCCAAUAUUUGGGCAUUGCACCCGGAUACGCUCAUGUCCUCAACGGAGCUGAUCGUGACCUCAUCUCAAAUGCAUUGGCGCAACAAUCUGUAGCAGCUGCUGCUGUCGCCACGACGGCUGGAGGAAUCAACAACCUUGGUAAUCGCACCGUUUAUUUGGGCAACAUUCAUCCUGAAACUACCAUUGAAGAAAUUUGUAAUGUUGUCAGAGGUGGCCUUUUACACCAUAUUCGAUAUAUACCCGACAAGCACAUUUGCUUUGUCACAUUCAUUGACCCUACUUCCGCGGCUUCUUUCUAUGCUCUAAGCAAUUUGCAAGGUUUAAUGAUUCAUAACCGAAGGUUGAAAAUUGGAUGGGGAAAGCAUUCUGGUGCUCUUCCAGCUGCAAUCGCCUUGGCUGUUAGUGGAGGAGCUUCUCGAAAUGUGUACGUUGGCAACUUGGACGAAUCCUGGAGCGAAGAGAGAUUGAGACAAGAUUUCUCAGAGUACGGUGAAAUUGAAUUGGUCAACACAUUACGUGAGAAGAGCUGUGCAUUUGUCAACUUCACUAACAUUGCCAACGCAAUCAAAGCCAUCGAGGCCAUUCGUGGAAAAGAGGACUAUCGUCGUUUCAAGGUCAAUUUCGGAAAGGACAGAUGCGGAAACCCUCCCCGACAAGUUCAACAAGGACAGCCCCAAUCUCCCCGAGAUGAUCGUGUAAAUUCACCACCUCCAAACAGCGGUGGUCUUCUACCAAGCCAUAGCGGUUCGUCUCCAACGGGGUCGGCCCCUCAGUCAGCCAAUGGCACAGGAACAUUCCAGCCAGCACCAACUCCUUCCACUAUUCUCAAUGCCGGCAGCAACAACCCGUUGACCAUGUACUUGAACCAGGUCUCACAGCAGGCUCAACAACAGCAACAGCAGCAACUUGAUCCUUUCUCCGUUGCCCAGCUUCAACAACAGCAGCAACAAGUUCUUGCUGCUCAGCAAGCCGCUCUCUAUGGUAGCAGCACCUCGCCAUCAAGCAUGGAUGCUAUGGAUAUGCCACAGCACAAUCAGAUGGGUCAUCAACAAAGUGCGAGCAUUAAUAACAUGAACGCUUUCCAGAAUAGUUCCAGCGGUGCCCCAAUCGUUAACGGACUCCUCGCGCCUGCUCGUAGUCAGCACAACCGUGCUGUGAGUUUACCCGUCUUUGCGCAGCAGCAAGAACAACAAGCUGGUUUAGCCCAAGCCGAGCCGCGACGAGGCCAUCAAUAUCAAGGCUCAUUCUCUGGUGGCAUUUCGAACGGUAAUGUGUUCGGGAAUGGUUAUGGCCUCGCCAUUCAGGAUGGAGGACACAACCACGGGUUGAACGGUUGGGCGGAGGAGGAAAUUGCAGGAAACUAG